GGAAGUUUAAAAAUUGUUUAUAUAUAUAAGUUAAAAUGGAAAUACAAAUUAUCAAAGUUCAUUAGAAGAAUAAAAAUGAACACCGUUGCUGUUAUACUAGGUCUGUCUUUGUGUCAUGUAACAUUAUGUAGCAAUACACAGAGUAAACUAGCGGAUGUUAAUAUAGAAAAGGUUACUACAGCAACCCGAGGAUGCCGGGUCACAGACCUGCACGUGGAUCGGGACCUCGGAAAGAUUGUUCCAGAUGGACGGCUUUAUUCAUUCCAGGGAACACUGUACUAUUGCAAUGAAGGUUUAUGGGAAAUCAAAGGUCAACAAGAGUGGAAGUCGAGCAAAAUACAACAUGCUAGAAUCAGAAGAGGGUGGUGGAAAGAAUUUCGGUGUAAAUGGCUUUCUGACAGUUCUGCUUGUCCAGAUGAGCCUAACAGUCCUCCGACAAUCAGUGGUUGCCCGCCCAGUGGAGCGGUAAUUUAUGCAGAUAAAUCAAAGACAUCAACUACACACACUUGGACAAAACCCACUGCAAGUGACCCAGAACAAGGAGCUAUCGGUGUCACCCUGGUCUUCGGUGAGAAUCCUGGCUCGGGAUUUAGUAGAGGAUAUCAUUCAAUAACGUAUGAAGCUUCUGAUAACGCAGGCCAGAAGGCAACUUGCACGUUCUCUUUCACAGUAGAAGUUAUAUCAUGCGACCCUAUCCCCUGGCCAUUACACGGAACAGUGAAUUGUCAUAGUGGGGAAUUCAUUUACGGAUCCUCAUGCAACGUACAGUGUGACCUGGGUUAUGAAAUGACACCUAUGGCAAUGAAUGGGAGCCAAACUAUAACUUGCAACGCUAAUGGUCAAACAGACUCCGCCCCCAACACAUGCCAAGUCAUUAAAUGUCCAGAUAAUGACACAAAUCUUCAAGCAGAGCACGGCUCCAUUUCCUGCACUGAUGAAAAUAAAUACAACAGUUUAUGUGUAACUCAAUGUGAUAGUGGGUAUGGUCACGUGACAGGGGAUGGUACUGUUUGUAAUGAAGACAAAACCUGGUCCAAUAAGAUAUCAGACUGCAGAGAUGUACAACCUCCAUCUCUGAAACAUUGUCCCGUCAAUAUAGUCACUUAUGCCAAUAGAAAUAACCAAUCUAACCCUGUUACGUGGACAACGCCAUCUGGUGAGGACAACUCAGGAACAUUCUAUGUCAAUCAGACCAGCGGACCGUCCAGUGGAUCCAAGUUUCCGGUGGGAAAUACAGAAAUUCGAUAUGUUGCAUUUGAUUUGGACGGAAAUGCGUCACCAGAAUGCGUAUUCUUUGUAACAGUGGAAGAAAUAAUCUGUGAACCGCCGAAUAUACCUGAUUCAUACAUGACAAUCAGCUGUCCAGAUGGAUAUACCUUUGGUUCUGUUUGCCAUCUUGGAUGCAAGAGUGUGUUUCCUUUAAUCGGUCAGAGCAACAUUACAUGUGAGCGAAAUAACACAAUGUCCCCACCAAAAGGCUACUGGGAUAUGGGAGGAUCGGAUCCGUAUUGUCAGAAAAAUCCUUGCGACCCAUUACUGGCGCCUCUUAAUGGAGCCAUUGUGUGUGACACCUGGUUGUAUGGUCGCCAUUGCCAAAUGCAGUGCUCAGAUAAAUACGACAUACCAUAUGGAACAGCUGGAACAAACGGUGCAUCCUUCACGGGGGCUUUUACUUGUACUGACCUUCGAGGAACAUACAUGCCUUCAAACUUUGUACCAAACUGCACAGAUCGAAGAAAUCCCAGAAGAACGAUGCUUCCUGGGGAGUUUUUCUACUACACUGGAGACUGUUCCGACCCUACGGUUCUAACAGAGAUUAAAGAUAAUUUUAUCAAGCAUAUGCAGAAGGAGGAAGUCAGUGGAUUUGGGGGUGUGUGUCCUUCUCAUAUAGAGUGUAACGUUAAUAACACAGUUGUCACGUGUGGUCAGAUUUCAGGACGAAAGAAAAGGACAGUACGCGAGGAAAGGGGGGUACAUGUACAUAAAAGAAGCACUCAUGAAAUACGCGUGGAAAUAUCAUUAGAUACAACGUGGUACAACUUCAAUUCAUCCAACGGAGACACGUUUCGUUUUCUAGAAAAUCUGCAAACUAAAAUGUUUGAUGUAGUUAAACAGCUAGGAAGCAAUGGGGAUCUAACUGUGCGUGGCCUUUCCCCCGAUGUAAACAGUUUUCAGUUAGGGUUCAGCGACGCUUCCUGUCCUGAUGGCACUGCCCUUAGAUGGAACACCUUGACCUGUGUUCCAUGUUCUGUUGGUAAUUAUCUGAAUAACACAGACCCAUACAAUCCUGGCUGCUAUGAUUGUCCGAAAGGCACCUACAAAGACAAUGUAGAUACUCUAAAGUGUUCACAAUGUCCGACAGGAACCUCGACACUGAAGGAAGCAUCAACAAGCAAUGACCAGUGUAUAGAUCAGUGUAGGCCCGGUGAAUAUUCAGCAACAGGCCUUGUACCUUGCGUACCCUGUCCAAGAUCCACCUACCAGUCACAAACUAUGGCUACGUCUUGCAGUCCAUGUCCUUCUGGAAAAACUUCAACCCCUGGAAGUACUUCCAUCACUGACUGUAAAGAUUUUGAUGUAGUCUUCAAACACUUGGGAGACAGCAUAAAUUUUGCUCCAGUGGUAACAUCAGGAGAAACGGCACUUACCAUUACAAUGUGGAUAAAACUGGCAAAUGCAACAAAUAACUUCACCCUCUAUAAAGCGGGAACCGCAUCCUCCGAUAUUGAAAUAAACUACAGAAAUAAAUUUUUCAUUAUUGUUAAUGGAAACGAAAUCCCUUCAAACCAGACAUUGAUAUUUGGUAAAUGGAUCCAUGUCGCUUUUGUACUUGAUUCAACCAAUCAGAUGGCUCAUAUUUUUGUGAAUGGCAGCAAGCCAUUUACAGCAACAAUUCCUGUGACGAACGGGAUAUCCUUGAUAGAUUCACAAUCCUUCAUUACUGUUCAACAAAACCAGGAGGACGUGAAUGGUGUUGUUUUAUCUGGGUAUCACGUAUUGAGCGGUGUAUCUACUGAAUCUGAGGUAGCACAGUUGGCGACAACUUGCCAUGCUGCAAUACCGUCUCUAACCAAUAUCACAGUAAACGUGUUAAGAGGUGCCUCUACAGCCGUACCAAGCGCUUGUGAUGGUUCAAAUCAAUGCGAUCCUAAUCCAUGCAAUGGCCAUCCAUGUGUAGACGAGACGAAUAGUUUUGUGUGUAAUUGUAUGAAUGGUUUUACUGGUAACACAUGUCAAACAAAGCCAAAUUUCUGUACUGGAACACCUUGCGUAAAUUCAGGCACCUGCCAGAGCAAUGAGUCUAACUUCACCUGUAUUUGUCCCACUGGGUAUCUUGGGAAAAGAUGUGAAACCAAAAUAGUAAAUGGUGGGUGGAGUGAGUGGACAGGAUAUACGACAUGUUCUGCUUCCUGUAAUGUUGGCACAAAAAACCGAACUCGGGAGUGCAACAAUCCACCUCCAGGCCCUGGCGGUAUUCCAUGCAAUCCGCAGCUGUCAUCAGAAACUGUAUCAUGCAAUUCUGAUCCAUGCCCGGUAUGUCCACCACUACAGAAGGGAUUCGGAAGUACGUCUAAUUGUACUACAAUGGCAGAUGGAACUAUCGCUUGCACACUUUCCUGUCGGCCUGGUCUAAUGUUCUCCGCCUCAAAUCCCCCAUUGAAAGAAUAUAAAUGUGGACCGAAUUCUGCAUAUAAAUGGAACGGGAUUCCCCCAGCAUGCGGUCGUGGAUAUGGUCCUCAGAGGAUGGUGUUAACAACUCAGGUGUCAUAUAGUCAGUCCGUGCCCUGUAAUCAAGCUGCCUCUGUAUCACAGUCUUUGAAAAACAACAUGCAAGGUGGUCUACGGUGUGCACUCAACAACAUCUGCGAUGUGCAAGUGGACAUUUUAGGUUGUUCGGGCAUCGGACGGAAACGAAGAUCAACUUCGAGUGAAAUUGUCAUAACCCUGUCUGUAACCUUCACCAAUACCGACAUUGAUUUGGCUUCUUACCAAUCCUAUGAAAAUAUUAGCCAACCUCUGGCUGAACUUAUAACUGCCCUGCAGGAGAUGGAAGCGUCUGAAUCGCAGCUGAACUCCACAUACAGUUUGUUCACUUUCCUUGCUGAUGGAAUCCCAUUUUCGUCAUCUGUUGUCUCAUCGUCUAACGCUAUUCAAUGCGAAAACAAUUUGGGAACAUCUGGCAGUCUCUGUGUGGAGUGUCCCAGGGGAACAUAUCUGUCUUCUGAGAGCUGUCACGUGUGCUCUAUUGGAACGUACCAAGACAGCGCUGGUCAAACGUCAUGUAAAAGUUGCCCAAGUGGUUAUACAACGCAUUUUGUCGCUAGUCAAGACUCAUCCGCUUGCUCAGUGCCAAGUACAAAAAGCCCGGUGACGAACAGUGGGAGUGGGGAUGUUAAAUCUUCAGAAGACAGAAUUCUUCUUAUGGCGUGUGUUGUCGCAAGCUUGAGCGUCGUUAUUUUAUUGACCUCAAUCAUCAGCAUUUUUAUAUACAGACAUGUAAAAAGAUCUCAGUUUAAACGGACUAAAGAACAAACCGGAAGCUGGGCAAGUCGGAGUAUGGUUGGUCCUAACGGCCCGCCUCCUCCCUACACAGCUUGCACAAAGAUGAAAUAACACUGGAUUGAAUUAGCAUUUAUUUAACAAUUCAUAAUAUUCCAACACGUACAUUUGUAGCAUCGUUUUCAAAAUGGGAGGAUCAACCGAAGAAGUUGACUUCACAACAGUGUAAAAACAAAAUGACACAAAAAAAACAAGAAUGAAAAUCCUAAAACUGGGGGAUGCUUCCUGUCUCGUCUCUCCCCUUGUUGCUGGGGGUCUGAUAUUGUGUAGAAACAAUAUAUCAUCUCUGAUUAUUGUCAUCAUACCAAACGUGAUUCAUAUACACAAUAAUUUUUAUCACUAUGGGCAUCGCUAUUUUGACAAAAAGUAUGGAUUUAUAAAAAAAAAAAAAAAAAAAAGGGGGGGGGCUAACACCACAAUUUAUUCAUCCUACUUUUAUUUCACUGCAGAAUAUUGAAUUUUAAUUGUACAUUAAGAUUCAUUUGCUAAUGUAGAAAAUAUUGCUUUAAAUUAUUUUAAAAUUUUGAACAAAUUUGGGGCCUUUGAACUGAUCAACUUGUCACUGCACACCAUUGACUUUAAAUGAUAAUGAUGAUUCAGUUGCUGACGUAGAAAAUAUCACGUUCAAUUGUUUGGAACAAAAUGGGAACCAUACACUACUAAAAAAUUUUUAGAAUACGCAGGCCAGUAUACCGCUUGAUUUGAUUUUAGAAGAUAAAAAUUCUUUGACAAUAUUUUCUAACAAAUGUAUGUAAAAUACACACUCUGUAAAUAAUCUAUAUACAAUCGGAUUUUCACCGAGAAUUUCUGGAAGUGGGAUUUAGACAUACAAAGGACAGAUAUGUUGCAGGGUAAUUUUACCACAUUUGGAAAAAGGUGGAUAAUGGAUGUAACUUUUCACCAUUUAUUACAAACAUAAAUGAGGAAUAGGAACAUACUUUGAAGGGAAAAUUUAAAAAAAAAAAAUGCGAGCCCUGCCCGACUUUUAACGUGUAUAGGUGGUAAUAUAAUUAUAAUUAUGCGAAUACAUGUUGCUAUGAUUAUUGUUUCUCUGCUAUAGCUACUGAAACAAACUGCUUCAAAUACGUAUAGGGGGUGUGUUCAAAGUAAAGGCUUACAAACCCGUUAGUGUGUGUUUUAUGGAUAUAUGUAUAUGCAUACAUGUUAUAAUUUGUAAAGGUCCAAACGGCUAUGUAAAAUUGUUUCAUAUACAAAUGCAGUUAAUUAUAGUGCUAGUUUUUUAAAUUAUUAUUUUUUUCUACAUUGUUUACACCAUUAUAUAUCUGGGGCGCGUUUUACAAAGACCUUACGACUUAAGGCCAACUUUACAUACUGGAAUUUUCCAGUUUAUUGUAAGAUCAUUCACUCCAAAUGCAAAAUAUCUUUUUUAAAAUGUUGAAAAUUAAGCCUGAGAAAAGUUUUACUUCACUCACUCAAAGUAAUAACUGUGUAAUACAAUUUAAGACUUGCGACUUUGUCAUAAGUUGUUUUGUAAAACGCGCCCCUGGAAACUAGUCGCCUCCAUGAUAGACAUAUUUUCAUGUCGUUAGUCAAUUUUUGAGAUUAGUUUGUGUAUUACUUUAUCUUGUAAUGAUUUAUGAUAAUUGUUAUGAAAAUCUAAUAUUUUAGAACGUACAUGUUUGGUGUUGCUGUUGAUUAUGCAUUCGUAUACAUCGUGUCAAAAUGUAUGGAUACGCGAUAGCUUCAUAAUGUAAGUAAAUGAAUAUUCAUGAGCCCUCCGUAUUUACUAGAAGUGUUGCAUACAGAUAGAAUGACAUGUAAACUGAAAUGGAAAACGUCUUUUUGUUGGAUGUAGGAAUUGAAUGAAAUAAACCUAAUUCUAGAAUA